AUGCAUUCAUCACAUGGAAGAAUAGCAAGACAUUUGCAUCCUACAGCUGGCAGUACCAACACCAGUAUAAGACCUCGCACUAGAAGAACUUCUUUUGCUCAAAAUACUACUGCAUCUAAUGCGUCUUCCACGAAUGCAAGCUCAACUGCAGCCGGAGCAGCUUCUCAAACGAGGCAAUCUACUCUAAACACCACUGCGUUUAAUUCAUCUGGACAACAUAAUAAUACCCGCCAUGCUCAACCCGGAUCUUUGGGACUUGGAUUAUCCUCUGCUUCGCAUUCCAUCUCCGAUCAAAACUCUGUUUUUAUGACUCAGCAGUCUAAAGGAUCAACUGCCAGCCAUUCCAGAUUAGGCAAGAGUCGACUUGUAAAAAAGAAACUCGACUCUCGUUCAACUGCUGCUGAUGCUAAUACCUCGAUAAGCAAUGACACCAACACGUCUUUGGCGUUGCCCUCGACAAAAUCCACCCAUCCAGAUGCUGCGUCAAUAUCCAAUCCAACAGAUUCAGUGUUGGCUGUAAAUGAUAUCUCUACAUUGGUCGAUCAAAUCAGGUGUUGGCGCGACGAUGCUCUUUAUCAAAACCAAUAUGAUGCUGCCGCAUUUUGGGGUACUAAGAUUGUAGAUAUGACUGCAUACAAACCACACUCAAUCACAGGCCAUUUCAUAGACGUAUAUCAACUUGCUUUGGUAUAUUUUCAAAACGAAAAAUAUCUGCAAUGCGAAUGGCUUCUAAAGAAUCGAUUGCUGGCUGGAUUUACUAUGUGGGGAGGCUGUCUUACUGCACAGUGCUUGAUUAAACAGGAAAAGGAAGAAGAAGCGCUUGCAGUUCUGGGUACGGACAAUAUGCCUUGUGCUGUAAAAAAGGAAUACCGAUCAUGGAAAGGUGUUGAUAUUAGCCUUAGCUCUAUUCAUGGACGAAAUGUAAAAAUAGAUGCGACUGUGGCAUACAUUCGCGGAUUAGCGCAACUGCAUUUAAAUCGAAAUGAACGUGCAAAGAAAUGUUUUUUAGAUUCACUCAAAAUAGAUUACCGUUCAUAUCAGGCUUUGGAUGCAUUGUUACAAAAUCAUCUUGUAUCUGAAAAAGAAAUGAGAGAUUUGCCUGAUCUACUUGAGCUAAAUAACUCCAACUCACAGGCAACUGAGUUUGUUUGCACUGUCUAUCAGUCCAAAAUUAAUCAGUUUAAACUCAGUGCACAUCCUUCUCAACUCAAAGACAACACCCUUUUGCUUACUCGAUAUAAUCUUUUGCAUAGUACUGAUUUACUACUUGCUGAUGCUCGUAAACAACAUAUUAUGGCCAACUAUGAAGCAGUCUUACAAAUCACCACCAACAUAUUGCGAAAAGAUCCUUAUAAUAUGGACUGUCUUUUGCUUUAUGUAUCUGCGCUUUUGGAAACUGGAAACACUAGGAAACUAUUUCUCAAGGCCCACGAACUUGCCGAAAUGUUUCCUAAUAAACGAGUGUCUAUGUACGCCGUUGCCACCUAUUAUCUUUCUGUAAAAAAGUAUCGCGAGGCGCAGGCUUAUUUCAGCUCAGCAACCACAGUGUCGCCCACUUUUGUAGAAGCAUGGAUUGGAUUUGGACACACUUUUGCGCUUCAUGGAAUACACGACCAAGCCAUUUCAUCGUAUAGCACUGCAUCCAAAAUCAGCACCCACAUUCACACGCCAAGUCUCUACCUCGGCAUGCAGUACCUUUCUAGCAACCAUCUCAAAUUUGCCAUGAAAUUUUUAAAGGAUGCGUAUCUCAAGUGCGACUAUGAUCCCAUUUUGCUUAAUGAACUUGGUGUAUUGUAUUAUCGCCAAGGAAACUAUACCGAAGCGAUUAGAUAUUUGGAGAUGGUAGUGAAGAUUAUUGAUGGGUAUGGAAUGCAGCGUCAAAACUGGGAAAUGUCACUGUCCAAUCUUGGUCAUGCCUUUAGAAAGAAAAAUGAUUUUGAAAGCGCUCGAUUUUGGUUUAAAGCAGUGCUGGUUAGUGUUCCACAACAUGCACCAUCGUUUUCUGCGCUAGGAAUUAUGGCACACAUUGAAAACAAAUUGCACGAGGCAAUCGAUUUUUACCAUCAGUCUUUGGCGGUUAGACCGCAAGACUCGAUCAGCAGUGAAUUGCUUCGUCGUGCACUAGUAGAAGCGUCACUUGAUACAUCAGAUUCGUUUUCAUCCUUUUUAUCAGCAUCCACGGCUGAAGUGUGGGAUAUAUCUGACGAGGCAUUGGAAUUGAAAAUUAGCGAGCAUCAUCAGGAUUCACUAGACGAUAUUUCUGGUGAAAACAGCUUGUCUAAACAAGAUCAGGGUGCGUACUACGAGACUCCAGAGCAUGAGGAAGCUGAUGACACUGAGCGCUCCUCAUUGGUUGAUGUGGGAGAUGAAACGCUGCAACUCAGUCAAGAUGAUCUGGCCGUAAAUUCGUCUACUCCGAUCCCUGGUGCACGACAUCCACUUUCAAUGGCGCUAUGGAAUACUGACGAUCAAGCACCAGUAAGAGAUGGAACUAGCACACGAUUUAUGCCAAUGCGCAACCGCUUUAGUGUUACCACGGAUGAUUUUGGAUCCAGUCCGUUUGAAUAUCCUCUUUUUUCUGCAGAUUUGCGCCAGUCAAAUUCUGAUGUACUGAAUUUUACUGAUACACCAGAAACCCUUUUAGCUACUGCUGUCACCCGCGCAGAACUACCACACAGACUCGAAAAUAGCACCAUCAUCUACCAUACCACACGAGCAGAUAUCACACCGCCGCGCGUAUCUCGACCUAUCAGGGGUAGAUUGUUUGGAAAUGAAAGUAUGACAUCUCGACCUACUGCCACGCUGUCCUCUCCGAUUUCAGUUGAGGAAGCUUCAUGGCCUUCAUUGAAUGUGUUUGACUGCACUCCACAACAACGAAGUCAACAAUCAGGUGUUUUUUUGAAUGGCGUUGGCGGAGCUAGCGCAAAUGAAUCUAUGGACAGUGAUAUGGAUAUGGACUUGGAUGAUAAUGAAAUGUAA